CAGGGCGCACCCGUUGCUGCGCACCUCUCCUAGCCGUGCGCCUAAAAAUUAAUAUUACUCAGUUCUUCGCAGUUGAAUUCUAUACAUAUGUUUUUUUAAUGAUAUAUUUAAUGGUACUUUCCCGUGCCAUUGGUACAUCACUACACGCUCUGUGCACUCGAUCAAGAUCACGGAGAAAUAUGCAAGCAAGUGUACGAUGGGAAUGGGCUUGAUAAUCCGGAUAAAAAAUUGGACGAAAUAGCCAUGACUUCUCUUGGCAAAGCAGUAUUCGCUGACAUCAAUGAGAGACACUCCAGCACAUCCUCAGAAAAUGACAGUGAGCUAAUCUCAGGCGACUUUGACGAGUCAUCGUUAUCCCUCGCAUUCGAAAAUCUAUUCUUUAUGCCUUACGAUAUCAUCGAAAGAUUCAAUUCUUCUGUUUCGACACUCGACAUCAGUCACAAUAAAUUCAGCAGGAAUUUGCAGUUUUUAACUGAAUUUGAAAACCUGUCUUCGUUGAAUCUAGAUAACAAUAGGAUUGAUGCUUAUACGAUUUUUCCAUACUUGCCGAAACUAGAACUCUUGUGGUUGAAUCAUAACCAUAUCAACCAAUUAUUUCCUUUUUUGAGGAAUUUGAGUGAGAGCCUGCCUAAUCUUCGUUAUCUUUGUUUAAUGGGCAAUACGUCGGCACCCAGUUAUCUUAAUGGAGGAACAUUUUAUGAUUACCUACAAUACAGAUUAUUUGUGAUAUCGUGGUUUCCAAGAUUAGAACACCUGGAUGAUCGUACUGUGACUCCGGAACAACGAAGAGAAGCUAAAAGACUGUUUAAGCGACCAUUAUUCGAGAAUCUAACAGAAAAUACUCCGUUUCAUGAAUGUAUUACACAAAUACAGAACACAGUAGUGAGUAUGUUUACAAAAACCUCGCUUCACGAUAGAAAGGGAACGCAGAAAGUGUCGAACUUGGUCGUUUGACCCAGUAUUACACAAAAGCUCAAUCAAUCGUUUGGAUGCUAUUUUAUUAAGGAUUAAUGGAUUUUUAUAAUGCAUAUUAACUCGACUAUUAUAAUUUCCUAUUCAAUGAUAAAAAAUUAAUAUAUGUUUAUCAUAACUAUUAGUA